AUGCCUUCUCAAACCACCAUACCAUCUCAUCAUACAAAAGAUAUCACAAGAUGGCCACCACCAACGUCGAUAACAGCAACUCUGACAAUAUGCCUGUCCGCAAGAUCGAUCUCAGCGAUACCACCAAGUACCACCAAGUACCACAGCGAUGGCGUCCCCAGAUUCCGCCACAUGACCAGAGAAGACAACGGCAUGUUCCUCAAGAACCUCACUGAGGCCUUUAACAACAACUCUCGUUUCGUUACCGAACUUGGUAAGUGCUACAAGGUCGACUUCAUCAACGAGCCUCCUCACGGCUACGCCUCGUACAUCACCCCUGACGUCCACGGUGAUAAGUCCACCUACGGGCACCCCAUCAGCAACAACGAGUACUACCACUCCUACGACUACUUUGCUGAGCACGUCUUCUCGAUCAUCAAGCGCGAUCUCGACAACUGUGGCUGUACCCUUUGUGAGAAGGUCAGAGGUCUGGCAAAGUUGGGCGCUCGUAAUGCUGCUUCCCUGGGAAAGCAUCACGCUCGCAAGGCUGGUUCUUAA